AUGCUGUGCAGUGAGGAGACGAACUGGGACUGAGGUGGAAAAGUGGUUAGUUUUGUGUGUGAAUGACAACAAACAAACAAACAAACAAUCAAACAAACGCUGCUCAUAGCUUGACUUUGUGCUCGGACUGUAAACCUGUCUGUCUGCCUGUCUGUCUGUCUGUGACCGUGCACCUUCUCGCUCGCACCGGGGUGCAGAUGGAGAGUCUGGCCGGACGCUGCUCCUUUAAGACCUCGUGUGGUCAGCAGCUCCUCAUCCCGCUCUCCGUCUGCCAGCGUCUGUCAGUGCACGCGUUCAAACUUUGACUGGGGAAUAGAGAGGCAGCAGUGGAAGACGCUGCUGCAGCUGCAGCCGCCGGGAAACACUACACGGAGGAGCGGCGCGGAGCGGCGCGGAGCGGCGCGGUGCGGAGCGGAGCAUCAUCUGCGGGGGGGGAGUGUUCCGCUUCUGAUCACAAGAUGAGAACAAAAGGAAAAGAUGAGUUAGCAACUUAGAUAGAAGCAGGUGAAUGUAACACAGUGGUGAACGGCUGCAGCCUCCUCCUCCUCCUCCUCUUCUUCAGCCAUGCCGCUUGUCAUGCGCACGCUGCUGUUCGGCUUUGUUACGCUGCUGGUUCUGGUUCUGAUCAUUGAUGAUAUCGCACAAGUGGAGGAGGAAACAGCGAAUACUGGACAUUCAAAGCACUCGCAGAGGCCGAUGCCCAAACCACACAGAAAGGCUGCAGCUCAUGUGGAAACCACUGCUUUGACAAGUGUGAGCACAACGGAAAAUGGUCCCCGUCCCCGUCCAUCGUACAGGAACACUGCCAACCUCUCAUCAAGCACCUGGACCUUCAACAAGACCCUCUCCAACCUCAUCAGGCACAGUCCCAUUUCUCUACAGUCAUCUAUGAUGCAGGUCCUCGCUCUGCCAUAUUUAGUCUUCAGCUUGUGUUUUUGCAGGAAAAAUAUCCUGAGAUUCCUGGACCCAGAGAGAGACAUCUCGAUACUGAAGGGCACUCUGAAGCCAGGAGACGUCAUCCACUAUGUUUUUGAUCGACAUAGCACAACAACCAUCUCUGAAAACCUCUACCGUCUGUUGCCAGCUGUAUCUCCCAUGAAGAACCAACAUCAUGGACGUUGUGCCAUUGUGGGAAAUUCUGGGAUCCUUCUGAACAGCAGCUGUGGACCCGAGAUUGACUCGCAUGACUUUGUGAUCAGGUGUAAUCUGGCUCCAGUGGAGGAAUUCUCUCAGGAUGUGGGGACGCAGACCAACCUGGUGACCAUGAACCCCUCAGUGGUGCAGCGGGCCUUCCAGGACCUGGUCAGUAAAGAGUGGAGGGAUCGCUUCCUGCGUCGGCUGCAGAGCCUCCGUGGCAGCGUGCUGUGGAUCCCAGCCUUCAUGGCCAAGGGGGGGGAGGAGCGCGUGGAGUGGGCCCUCCGUCUCAUCCUGCUGCACACUGUGGACGUACGCACCGCCUUUCCCUCACUGCGCCUUCUCCAUGCUGUCAGAGGGUACUGGUUAACCAACGACGUCCACAUCAAGCGUCCGACCACAGGCCUCCUCAUGUACACGCUGGCCACUCGUUUCUGUGACGAGAUCCAUCUUUAUGGUUUCUGGCCCUUUUCGCUCGACCCCGAUGGGAAACCUGUGAAAUAUCACUACUACGAUACUCUGAAAUAUGAGUACACGUCCAGGUCGAGUCCACACACUAUGCCUUUAGAGUUCAGAACGCUGAGCACGUUGCAUAGACAGGGGGCGCUGCAGCUCCACACCGGCAGCUGUGGUGCAGACAGGAAACCUCAGGACUAACAGCAGGAAACCUCAGUCCUGAGUGGUCGACUGAGACGUUUCACUACUUUUAUAAAACGUGAACUAACUUCUCUUUUUGUCGAUUUCAAACUCAUUUCUCAUGAUGAAAUUUCUAUGGCAAAUAUUGCAGCCAGUUUUUGAAUAAGUACUCUGCGUUUUGUAAGAUUUAUGGAUAAAAGCCCAUAUUUCUGUUUUUAGAUUUGUUAUCAAACACUGUAAACUUUUUUUUUGUUUUAUUUUUUGUUUUUAUCCAGAAUGUCAGCGUUUAGAGCUCCUGAAUGUAAAAAGCUUAAUGUGAGUCAGCAUUUAAUCCAGGGACAGAAUUAAAUGUGGCUCAGCUUUUUAAAUCGUUUAACUUUAAUAUGAUGAUUUUUGUUAGAGCUGAUGAUACUGAUGAUACUGGUGAUACUGGUGAUACUGGUGAUACUGAUGAUA